AAACUUUGGUUUUAUGUUUUUGUUUAUUUAUAUUUGUAACAUAAAAAUUAUAAAUAUAUUAUUUUGUAAUACUAUGUAAUUUGUGUUUUUAAUUCUAAUGAAAACUAAAGGUUUGAAUAAAGUUAAAGGUACUUGAGUCGUUAACUGUUAUAUGCAGUAUGUGCAGGAAGGAUGUCCUGAAUUAUUUUGUGUGAUAAGUUUGACCUUUUGAUUACCUAAUUAUUUUGUUUGCAAACAAACUAAAAUCUUCCAGUAUAUCAACAAUGUUUAAUCCUGACAUAAAUGAUUAUCAAUUAACUUCAAUAAUAUCAGAAUGCUGUGGUGGCAUGGCUGUUGUUUAUUCGGCUAUAUACAAACCACUUGACCAUAGUGUAGCGAUUAAAAGAUACUUUGUGGAUAAGUCGAAGGAGAAGGCUACACUGAUACAGCAAGAUAUAUCAAUAAGGCGAGAACUGCAGCAUCCAAAUAUACUGCCAUACUUGACUUCUUUUGUUCAUGGGCAGGAGUUGUAUGUGGUGUCACCUUUGAUGGAGUUUGGAUCAUGUCGGGAUAUACUGGACAGAUACUUCCGUGAUGGUCUCCCUGAGUUGGCUUGUGCAAUUAUACUGCGAGAUGUAUUGCUUGCCUUACAGUAUCUACAUAAACAGUUUUAUAUACACAGAAGUGUAAGGGCAAGUCAUGUAUUAGUAGAUAUAAAUGGUAAUGUUUGCCUGUCUGGACUAAGAAGUGCAGCAAGCAUGAUGGUACAGGGUCGCAAACAGAAGCAGCUCCACAACCUACCCCCACCCGACCAUGAUAAUGCUAACCUUCUAUGGCUGAGUCCAGAGCUUCUAGAACAGAACCUCCGGGGGUAUGAUGAGCAAUCGGACAUAUACUCAGUGGGCAUGCUGAGCUGUGAACUGGCGAACGGCACCAUACCAUUCUCGGAGGUUCCCACCACACUCAUGUUUACGGAAAAAGUCCGGGGAAACCAUCCGCAACUGCUUGACUGCACCUCAUUUCCUGAGCCACUCGAUGACAGCCAAAUCAAAGAAACAAUGUACAAUACGGAUAGCGGGGUUGGGGACAGUGCAGAGGGGGUUUGCGCACGACUGCUCUACGGAAGGCGGAAACUGUCAGACACGUUCCACAGACUAACUAACAAAGCAUUACACAGGGAUCCAGAAAAAAGACCAUCCGCUACACAGUUACUGAACUAUCCAUUCUUCAAGCAAAUCCGGCGGACAGACAGUUUGCCCGCACUUAUUGGACGGGUGAAACCAAUAAAACCGGACCAAUGUGAUAUAUCAGCCCUACUGGUGCAGGAAAAAUUAUCGGAGAUGGAGAUAGAGAAAACUGCUGAAUGGGACUUCUAACGUGUUACUUAUAAUUUAUUUUUUGAUUUUAUCUUCGGAAUUUUUGACAUUUGUUAGUCUACAUCAGGGGCUCUCAAGUGUUUGGAAGGAAUGAAAUUUAAGGUUUUGUGCAACAGCUAUUUUUGAUCCCGUUUUGACAUAUCUAAUAAAUACUUCUCAAAUCAAGCUGAAGUUUAGCUUUUGAAGAGGAACAUUAUAUAUUUUUUAAAAUAAUUCAUCACCUUGAACCCCAAGAUUUAUGUUGAUAUUACCUUUGCAUAGAAAAAUUUUUUUUACAGUUUUAGUUCCGUUUUAACGUUAUUUGAUGCUUUGUACUCAAGAUGAGAUUUCAUCAUAUUAAAAAACUGGAUGCAAAGAGGUAAAAUACAAAUUUCCAAAGUUUAUUCUCAUAUGAUAGGCGUCUUAGGCUGGAUUGCAUCAUAUUAGCUCUUCUAGUUAAAGUUAAGUAAAAUUUAACGCUGACUUUAACAUAGACUGCUGAAUUUGUUGCACCAAAGUUAAAAAGUGAAAUAUUGACUAAUAUCGAAUAUAUAUUUAAAACUUUUGACAGGUCUCUAUUUUGCUUUAUAACAUUAAUUAAUUUAACAAUAAUUGUCAUUGCUAUAGUUAGAUGAUGCAACCCAGCCUUAGAAGUAAAGAUUGUAAAUAUGCAAAAAGAUGUGGUGCAAGAAGUUUGGGAAUAUAUAAUCUUGGUUAUGUCCUCAGCGACCAUUUAGAAUUUCUGUUAAAAUUUAUAUCUGUUUAAUAAACCGUUUUGAAAUUAUUAUUAUUUAUUUAUUGAGACUUAGGCUGACAUCUAUAGAAUAUACUUAGACUUUGCGCAGCCUUUACUUACGAAAACUUAGCUAAGUGUGAUGAAACGCGAACUUGACUUUUGCAUUGGGCUGACUUAGCGUAAGCUCAGCAAAAUUUCAGCUGUCAAAUGAAUAUAAAAAUGAAAUCAAAGAUUAUGCUAGGGUUACACUCAGCUAAGUUUUGCGUAAGUAAAGUCUGAGCUAAGUCUCAGUAUGCUCUAUAGAACUCAGCCUUAAAUCGCUCGAUGCUCGAUUAUGUCUCAAAGUGACGAGCGCAAUUGCGAUGACGCUCAGAAUUUUAGGUACAGGUUUAAUGCGGUAGGGCGAUUGCAUACCAUCAGAUGAAAAUCUUUCUCGUAACUUUUCUCAUAAAAAAAUUAUGUGUGUAAACGGAGCCAUUGAGCUUUUUAAUGAUGUGCUAGCCUAUUUCCAAUUAGUGUGGUCUGCGUGCAUCAAUUCAUCCGUCGAUAUUUCAUCAUAGAAAAUUAGAUACGGUUAACGCGCGAGUUGAAUGCAGUCGCCGCCUGUGAUACAGAGCGCGAGCAUUUCCCCCGGCUCGUCUCGCGCGCCUACCGUGUAACGCUGUGUCGUAGUUGUCGCUUACUGUGUUAAGGAAAAGAGUAAGCAGAAAACAUGCAAACAAGGUGUUUUUAGACAAGUUUUUUGGUGAAAAUAUAGCAUUUCAAGCUAUGAACACUACUUAAUCCUGUUACACAUAUACUUAAGUCUUAUUUGUAGGUUUCUAAUGCUUGCUGUUGGUUAUAGUUUUCGCUCCAGAGCCUUUUUGAACUACCACUUUUCCUUGCAGUUAAACAAGUUUGUCAAGCAUGGCAUGAAGCAUUUUUUAGUACAACUUUCAGAAAAGUUAUUCUUAUAGCUUUACAAUUUUGUGUAGGUAUAUUUAUUCAGAUUAGUACUGAAUAACGAGGAUUGUAAGCAUAUAAACUGUUUUCUACGCAAGAAUUUUGAAAAUAUUGGCUUUGUUACAUAGAUGGCGGGCCGGAAGCCGUGAACUCAUAUCGCUCAAGGUCGCUGGCAUUUGGUGUCGCCUUAACGCUAUAAUAUUAAAAUUGCGAUCCCGUGUUAUUUUUUGUUUUAAUAAGGACUUGAACAGAGUCCAACACUUUCCGAUCCGAAAAACAAAUGUUUCGAGUCUUCAUUCAUCGCCAAACACGAGAAAUGACGAAAAAUGCUUUGACAUGUGCGUUGAAGAAAGGCAGAACAAAAAUUUGACAUUUAAUUAUUAAGUUAAAAUUAAACCUAGAGCAUUGCUUAAAUUUAUCGACACACCAUGAUUAUGGUCAUCAAUUAUAAUUCGGUCACAGCACUAUCGCAUUUCUGAACUCUGCAUUCAACUCGUGCGUUAUCUGUAAAUGCAACCUAUGAUUAAAUUCAUUUUUAAAAUAUGCAGGCAUAUUCACGAAUGAGAUAAUUCCUGGGUAUUUAGUUACUAACCCCCUUAUUCAUAAUGGUCCGCUAAAAUAAAACAGCCGCUAAGGAGUGUUUUUUCUCAUUCUGCCUUAGGUCAAUUAGGAAGACAGAGUGAGAAUUAGCAAUGCUUUAAGUUAGCAGACUAUUAUGAAUAAGGGGGUAAUAAUUUAAGAUAGUUUAUUAAUGUGUUAAACAAUAUUAAUAUAUGACCGAAUAAAUAAUUAGAAAACUUAGUAGAAGUAUUAUAAUAAAAUAUGAAAUAUAGUUUUAGACCUGGUGUUAUGUGAUUAAAAAGUUGUAUUUU